AUGGAAUGUGAAAUAUUUUUCCUCUCAAUUGUGUUAUUUCUAAUAUUUGAGAGCAUUUUUAUAUUGUUUAAUAAGCUCCGAAGGCCAAGGGAUUUUCCACCAGGUCCACGAUGGUUUAUUCCAUUUAUUGGAAAUACUCGAUAUUUAAGAAAACUAGCCAAAAAGUAUGGAGGUCAACAUAAAGCCUUUGAAGUGCUUGCCAAAGAGUUCAACUCACCAAUAUUUAGUCUUAAACUAGGCAGAGAAUAUGUAGUUGUGGCAAUGACUUAUCCAAUUGUAAAGGAGAUUUACUCAAGGGAAGAAUAUGAAGGAAGACCAGAUAACUUCUUCCUUCGACUACGAACAAUGGGAACAAGAAUGGGUAUAACAUGCACUGAUGAGAAGUUCUGGAGUGAACAGCGCAGUUUUGUAGUUCGACAGUUGCGAAACACUGGAUAUGGAAAAUCAAUCAUGCAGGAACGAAUCAAUGACGAAAUGAAUGAAAUUUUAGAUAUUUUACGAAAGAGUAAUGAAGAACCUGUGUGGCCAGGUGGAAGUAAUCUUUUAGCAACAAGUGUCAUUAAUAUUUUAUGGACAUUCACGACAGGCACAAAAAUUGAUAGAAAUGAUGAACGUUUAGUGAAAUUCUUUGACUUGCUGCAAAAGCGAUCAAAAGCAUUCGACAUGAGUGGUGGAUUAUUGACUCAAAUGCCAUGGCUGAGAUUUAUUGCACCAGAAGCAACUGGAUAUAAUUUGAUUAAGAACUUGAACACAAAAUUUUAUGCAUUUUUCAUGGAAUUUGUUGAGGAACAUUUGAAGGAUUACAGCGAUGAAAAGUGCAAUGACGAUCUUAUUUAUGCAUUCCUUAAAGAAAUGAAGGAACGAGAUGGACAAGCUAAUUCAACAUUCACAAUUAAGCAGUUGAUCAUGGUGAUCCUUGAUAUUUUCAUUGGCGGUUCACAAACAACAAGCACAGCAAUUGAUUUAGCAUUAAUGACAAUGGUUAUGUACCCGGAUGUUCAAAGAAAGUGUCAUGAGGAGAUUGAAAAAGUUGUCAAUGCUGAUGGAGUACUUCCAUCGUAUGUAGACAGACAGAAGACGCCGUACAUUGAUGCUGUAAUACUUGAAGUUAUGAGAUUUUACUGCGUUGCACCAAUAACUGGUCCGCGUCGAACUCUCAAAGACUGUAAACUAGACAACUACAUAAUCCCAAAGAAUACAACAAUCCUCAUAGGACUCGCAAGUGCGUUAAACGAUGAAACUAUUUGGAAUGAACCAAGAAUAUUCAAUCCAGAGAGAUUUUUGGACGACAACAUGAAGGUCAUCAACACAGACAAUUUCAUUCCAUUUGGAACAGGACGUAGGAGAUGUUUAGGUGAUCAGUUGGCCAAGGAAUGCAUUUAUAAAUUUUUCGUUGGAGUUUUGAGUGAAUUUUCAUUGUUUAAAAGUGAUAAUAAGGAGGAUAUGCCUAGUUUGGAUCUAUUGCCAGGCAUACUGUUGAGUCCUAAGCCUUAUAAGAUUAUUUUUAAGAGAAAACAGCCAAAAAUUUAGUUUAAUAUCAAAUUUUUAUGUAAAUUAACCGCCAAACAUUGAUUAAAAAUGCUCAAAAAAUUUACAAUUUUGAUUUUCCAUUUUUUUCAAUAACUUUCUUAACAACGACAUGUGCUUCAUCAUAGAAUGGAUUCGUCGCAUCCCUUACUCGAUCAUACCAACUCCUCAGACGUGGUCUUCCAUCAAAUGGAUCAUACCAAGCCAUUUUAGGCUGCUCCAAUUCACAUGCUGCCAAAAUGUCUGCGAAUGAAAUUUCCUCACUUGCCAAAAAUUUCCUGUCAGCACUUUCAAGCCACACAUUUUCAAGAUUAUUGAGUGACUGUUCCAUUAGCUUUUUGUAUGCUGCAGCCUUCUUCUCAUCAAUAGGAUUUCCUGAGAGUCUUGGAAUGAGCCAUUUCGUUUGAAAGUACAUGGCACAUGGAAGUCGAAUGGAAUUGUGUUGAUAUUCAAGAUAUUCAUCAACUAAGGCACGGGCUUUUAUGUCUUUUGGAUACCAAUUUUCAGGAACGUCAUUUAGGGAUGUUAUGUAUCUAAAUAUAGCAACACUCUCCGAUAACUUAAAUCCAUCAGCAUCAACAAUGCAAGGUACUUUUUGGAAUCUAUUAAUCUCCUUAAACUUGUCAGUCAAAUGCUCAGCUUUGCCCAAAUCCACUUUAAUGAACUCUGCUGGAACUUUUGUCAUCUUUAGGAAUAUCCAUAGUGCUCUGGAUGGCUGUGACAGCAGGUCAAAGUAAUAUUUCAUCAUUUUUGUGAAGUUAAAAUCCAAUGAACUUUGAUCAGCACAGAUUUGUCGGUGUUUAUGUUGAUA